AGAGACUCACCGGCAUCGGAACACUAGGAUGACGUGCCGAAGAAGGAGGCUUGCGGCAGCCCGACCGGCAGACGGGAUCAAACGAGCGUACCAAUGCUGCUGUGGGUGCUGUCCGGACUCUUGCUGCUCUUCUGCAGCCUGGACGUCUGGUACUUCCUCCGGGGGGCUGUAACGGUGCUCCGCGCCUGGCUCCAAGGUCCCGUCUGGGACAUCCUGGCUGAGCAGAGCGUUCGUGGCCGGGUCCUUCUCCAGGAUGUCGACUUCAUGGGCCACAUGAACAACGGCAGGUACCUGCGGGAAUGUGACUUUGCCCGCUUCGCCCACUACACGCGGAAUGGCCUCAUGAAGGGCACGCGGGCGCUGGGCGCCAACAUGGUAGUGGGGGCCUCCACCAUCCGCUACCGGCGCUCCCUGCGACUGGGCGAGGCCUUCGAGCUGCGCAGCCGCAUCGUGAGCUGGGACGAUAAGGCCUUCUUUGUGGAGCAGCGCUUCGUCUCCUGCGCAGACGGCUUCGUCGCCGCAGUCAUGUUCUGCAGGCAGAACGUCCUGCGCAGCAGCCCAGACAAGGUCCUGCAGUUCCUGUGCAAGAGGAAGGUGGAGUGUCCAGAGGUCCCAGAAGACCUGCAGCACUGGAUGAACUACAUCAAAUCCAGCAGUGAGGGCCUGAGGGCGGAGAAUGACCUGGAGAAAAGCAAAUGAGGGGGGGGACCAGGCUGGGGGGGAGGGGGUGUGAUUGCCUAAUAUUUAUUGUAACACACAUCACCAGAAUCUGUUAUUACCCAUCUGGAAGUUUGAGAUGUUCAGAGUCAUGUGACCAUAGCUGGAGAAACAAGAUGUAUGUUAAAAGAAGCCAGCAGCUGUGUGAAAAUAUCAACAGCUCUGUACUGCACUGCAUGAUGAAAGCCCCCCCCCUAAGAAAUCAGCUGUGUAAUACUGCAUGUUCAGGUGGGGGUUAAUUGAUUCUUCUUAAUUGAACCAAAGUACUGCACAGCCACCGAUGUCCGUUAGAUCAAACGCAUAUCUGUCCGUAUGAUGCUGCACAUCUGUAACCCUGCUUGGCGUUUAGCUGUAGCUACGCUGCUUUAUUUUAAGACGCCGAAGUUGGACUGUUUAACUGUGAUGCUGAAGAAUUACCCACAAGACACAGUCACCUCUCUGUUCACAGUGGUACUGUGCUGUGAUUGAGGGAACACUGGCUGGGGGGAAGACUGGACCCCACAGUUUUGUAGGCACUGAACCCAGAAAAUGCACUAUGCAGCAUCUGAGUAGUAUCCUAAUUAAAUUGGUAUUUAAUUAAGGAGAUUGAGGUGGGCAAAGGGAACAUUCUUCUGUUUAUAUACUGUCAAUAACCUUGCAGGUUCUAAUUCUUUGAAUGCGGAGGGUCUCUUCAAUGCAUGUAUCUAUUUUAAUUUGAGCGCACAUUUGAAGACCAUUGAAUGGAUUGUGUGUGUUAUUUAAAGCAUUUUAAUGGA